AUCGCGCUCUCAAAAAAACCCAGGUGAUGCUAGAAACGAAAAGCAUGCUUUUUGGAAACUCUGGGAAACCCAAAUCUUGUGUAUUUUGAUUACAAUAUUUACAGUUUAAAUACUCUAUUAUUUGCUUUAAAGUUUUACUAAAUUAACUGCCAUGAUUAAAAAACGACAGUUGGAAAAAAAGAAGCAGAUCAAAACUGAUGAUUUGGAUGAUUACAGUGCUUCUGAUGAAUCGGAUGAUCAUGGAGAGGAGGAAGAAGAAGAAGAAGAGUUAGAGGAAACUCCAGCUCAGAAAAGACUGAGGCUAGCCAAGCAAUACCUGCAAGAAUUUUCUACUCAAGAGAAUGAGAAGACCUUUAAAGUUAUCAAAAAAGUAGCCGAUACUUUGACCGGACCGGACCUUGAUAACGUAAAGUUUCUUAAAAAUGGUCAUAAACUGACAGUCACUUGUUUAGCUGUUUCCUCUGAUGGAAAAUUCAUCUAUUCAGCCAGUAAAGAUUGUUCAAUAGUUAAAUGGGAUGCUCAAACAUUCAAACGAGUGAAAACUAUUCCUGGUGAAAGAAAAGGAACGGAAAAUCACGUUGGUCAUACAAAUAUUAUUAAUGCCAUUGCAAUUACUAGUGAUUCUAAAUUUUUAGCUACGGGAUGCAAAAAUUCAAUCAUUAAUAUAUGGAACACGAAUGACAUGACAUUUUUACACAAAUUUACUGGCCAUCGUGGGGAAGUAACUGGCCUUGUUUUCCGUAGAUCGGCUCAUACUCUUUAUAGCUGUGCCGCAGAUAAGCAAGUUAAAGUUUGGAAUGUUGACGAUUUGUGUUAUGUAGAAACUUUAUUUGGUCAUCAAGAUAAAGUGACAUCAAUUGACUGUGGAUUAAGAGAAAAGCCGAUCACUUCUGGUGGUAUUGAUCUCACAGUUCGCAUUUGGAAAAUCGUAGAAGAGUCUCAAUUAGUUUUUCAUGGGCAUGAAGGGUCAAUCGAUAAUGUGAAAUAUAUCAAUGAAGAUCAUUUCAUUUCAAUAGGCGAUGAUGGAAUGAUUUGUCUUUGGGGGAACCACAAGAAAAAACCAUUAUUCUCCAAAAAACUAGCGCAUGGUGAAGAAAAUUCCACACCAAAUUGGAUUGUAUCCUUAGCCACAGCUCAUAGCACAGAUUUAUUUGCUACAGGAUCAAAAGAUGGGUUUAUUCGUGUCUGGAAAUGUUUACCAGGUUUCAAAAAAUUCGAAGAAAUUUUCACCAUUCCUGUGAAUGGUGUUGUUAAUAGUUUACAAUUUGUUCAAGAUGGAGACUUUUUAGUUGCCGCCAUAGGAAGAGAGCAUCGACUUGGUCGCUGGUGGAAUUUCAAAGAAGUUAAAAACUCGAUCAUGGUUAUACCUAUGUUAAAAUUAGAUAACAAUCCUCCUUAAUAUACAAAUAAAUUCUUUUGAUUGA